UUUAUGGGUGUGCAUGUAUACUUUACCCAUUAUAAUACAGAACAAGUAGUGGAAAUGCACCAACACAUGGAUGCCACCGCCACCGCCACCGCCACCGCCAACUCAAACUCAAACACACCCACUCAGCCAGAUACCAUACCUUCUUCAAUCUACACAUUCUCUUCCUGGGGCCAUCAUGGGCUCACAACACUGGCCCUGUUCUUUUCUUUCUCUUGAACUCCAAUGCGGAAGCUAAAAAGGCCUCACGGCCCAAACUGUAGGAACAGAUCUUGCUCUUGGAGCAUCAAUUGUUUGACCAUAUCGUUUUAAUCUCCUUCCAUUUUUUUUAAACCUGAUCAACAUUUUGAGAGUGAGCGAAAGCUCUCAAGAGAAUGAUGUAUGUGACAAUGUUGGGUUUACAGGGCUGCGUAGCUUUCAUCUUCUCAAAGUAGGAAAUUGCUUUGGACAAAGCCUUUGUUUUGUCAGAAGAAUGAAGGUGGGCAGUGAUGACUGCAUUAUAGACAGAAGUAUCUGGACGACAGCCAGUGUUACGCAUCUCAGAGAAAAGCCACAUAGCCAUUCUUAUUUGGCCUUUCCUUCCCAUAAUUGAUAUAAGUUUAGAGUAAAUUCCAUUAUCAGCAAUAUACCAUCUUUGCUUUUGCAUCCAUCUGAAAACCUAAACACUGGGCCUGUGCUGUUCCUGGCCCAUGAAUCAUUCUUAGAUUGAAAACGAGGAAACAAGUGUUGACCACUCAUACUUGAGUUGAGGAGGUUCUUUACUGAAUGCACCAACGAUGAGAAAUGGUUACCCAUUUUGGUGUUACUCCAUGCAUGAACCGUUUUUCAAACUUGACGUGGAACUCCAACAUAAGACAGCUUGUGAAUCAUGGGCAUCCCCAAAACGCCCUUCUUCUUUUCCGCCACAUGAAGCGAAGUGGCGUUUCCCCCAACAACUCUACCUUUCCCUUCGUAGCAAAAGCCUGUGCCAUCCUUUUCAAUCUAAUAAACUCCCAAAUCAUCCAUGCCCAUGUGGUCAAAUCUCGGUUCCAAUCCAAUAUUUAUGUGCAAACCGCUAUGGUUGACAUGUACGUUAAAUGUGGGCACUUGCAAGAUGCAUACAACGUGUUUGAUGCAAUGCCUGUGAGGGACAUUGCUUCUUGGAAUGCAAUGUUGUUGGGUUUUGCUCACUCUGGCUUCCUUACUAAGUUGUCUUGUCUUCUACGUCAGAUGAGGCUUUCUGGGAUUCAUCCGGAUUCAGUCACUGUGUUGCUACUUAUUGAUGCGAUUUUGCGUGAGAGAAAUCUGGCAUUUUUGGGUGCAGUUCAUUCUUUUGGGAUUCGAAUCGGUGUUUGUAAUGACGUUUCUGUGGCCAACACUUUGAUUGCUGCAUAUGCCAAGUGUGAUGACUUGUUGUCAGCAGAGGCAUUGUUUGAUGAAAUUGAAAGUGAUCUUAGGUCUGUUGUUUCGUGGAAUUCUAUGAUUUCAGCGUGUGCGAACUUUGAAAAGCACGUCAAGGCUGUUAAUUAUUACAAAGGGAUGCUAGAUUGUGGGUUUUGCCCGGACAUUAGCACAAUUCUCAAUUUGCUUUCGUCUUGUGUGCAAUCUAAAGCACUAUUUCAUGGCUUGCUAAUACAUCCUCAUGGAGUUCAGUUGGGUUGUGAUUCCGAUGUAUGUGUGGUGAAUACUCUUAUUUGUAUGUAUUCAAAGUGUGGGGAUGUUCAUUCUGCAAGAUUUUUGUUUGAUGGCAUGUCUGAUAGAACUUGUGUUUCAUGGACUGUAAUGAUUAGCGGGUAUGCUGAGAAAGGGUAUAUGAGUGAGGCAUUGACCUUGUUUAAUACAAUGGAAGCUACUGGUGACAAACCGGAUUUGGUUACAGUGCUUGCUUUGAUUUCAGGUUGUGGCCAGGCGGGGGCGCUUGAACUUGGAAAAUGGAUCGACAAUUACUCUAUUAACAAAGGGUUGAAAGAUAAUGUUGUAGUUUGUAACGCACUAAUUGACAUGUAUGCCAAGUGUGGAAGUUUUAAUGAUGCUAAGGAACUUUUCUACACCAUGGUUAACAGAACUGUAGUGUCUUGGACAACUAUGAUUACUGCUUGUGCUUUGAAUGGAGAUGUUAAAGAUGCCCUGAACCUGUUUUACAUGAUGUUAGACAUGGGAAUGAAACCAAACCACGUAACAUUCCUUGCUGUUCUCCAAGCUAGUGCACAUGGAGGUUUACUAGAAAGAGGAUUGAAAUGCUUCAACAUGAUGACACAAAAGUAUGGCAUAAGCCCUGGUAUAGACCACUAUUCUUGUAUGGUUGAUCUUCUUGGUCGUAGAGGGCAUCUUAGCGAAGCUUUAGAAAUUAUUGAAAGUAUGCCUUUUGAACCUGAUGUUGGCAUAUGGAGUGCGUUGCUCUCUGCUUGCAAACUUCAUGGUAAGAUGGAAAUGGGUAAGUAUGUGUCUGAACAACUAUUUGAAUUGGAGCCUCAGGUGGCAGUUCCAUAUGUGGAAAUGGCAAACAUAUAUGCAUCAGCUGAAAUGUGGGAUGGAGUUGCAGCUAUAAGAAGAAAGAUGAAACAUCUUCAACUGAGGAAAUCUCCCGGUGAAAGUAUUAUUCAAGUGAAUGAGAAAUCUACUAUAUUUACUGUUGAGGAUAGAGAUCACCCUGAAACCUUGUACAUUUAUAAUAUGCUAGAUGCCUUAACUUCUCAUUCUAAAAAAGUAUUACUCUCUUAUUCAGAGGAGAUUUUUGAAUGUGAAUAGAGUGAAGAGUGAAGCUAUUCGCAAAGAAAGGCUGAGAUUGGAGAGCUGUGUAUAAAUACCGAUUUGGUGGAUUGAUUCAUUAAUGAUUGAGAGUUUUUUUAUUACCAUUUCAAGUAAGCAUGCGUUCCUGAGAAAAGGAUAAAACAAAUGUGUAAGAAGAGACAUAUCCUGUACAUUUAUUAUACGGAAAUUUUUUAGGU